AAGAAUGUGACUAACAAGAAGCCGUCCGUCUGAAUUGGAAAAUAUGCGAGAAAUCCACCCCUUUCUUAACUGAGUUUUUAUCCAUUUCCUAUUUCGAUUCCCAUCCAUUUUCACUCAUAGUAUCUAUUCAUGAGUUGUCUGGCUAUUUAAUGCAAAAACGAAACAAAGAAACACAUCAUCCCUUUUACUUCGUAUCCAUCCCUCCAACCAAGCAUACCUACAGGCUCUGCCAUGUCCAUGUGAACUCAGGGGCAAUACCAUUUAAUUAUUUGAUUAUGAAGCACAUGGAAAUCUAGACUUACUUGUCUAGUAAAAAUAACAGUUGCUUCUGAUGGGUAUAUCAAGUCAAGAACGCUGUUGUGGUGGGACAAGUGUGACUGAAUAUUGAAGCUUUGAGCACAGCGUACGUGGUUGAGAAUUAUUACUUUUUGGGAGCAUAUUUAAGGAAAAUUUAAAAAAGAAAAGAGAGAAAGAAAGAAAGAAAGAAAGAAAAACGUAUCUCUUUCUUUUAUUUCUCACAUCCAUCACUGAUCUAAAAAGCAUUCCUUCACAGACUCUCUCUUUGCCAUCUCCAGGCUGCGCAGAUUCUGACUGAAAGGUGUGAAGGCAUGGGAAUCCAAGAGGACCUAGAGCAGUGUAAGAAUCGUGCUGAGCAUGAAGACGUAAGAGAACCACUCAUGGACGAACAAGAUGGGUCUUUUGCUCAGAGUAGCAGCAAAGAAAGUGCUCGGAUGGUUUACCUCAGCACUUUUGUUGCAGUCUGUGGCUCUUUCGCAUUUGGCUCAUGUGCAGGCUAUUCAUCACCCACAGAAAAUGCUGUCAGGGAAGAUCUCUCUCUAUCUCUAGCAGAGUAUUCCGUGUUUGGUUCAAUAUUGACAUUCGGUGCAAUGAUUGGUGCAAUCACAAGUGGGCCCAUCGCUGAUUUAAUUGGUCGGAAAGGGGCGCUGAGAGUGGCUACCAGCUUCUGUGUUGCCGGAUGGCUAGCCAUCUACUUUGCUCAGGGGGUUCUGGCGCUGGACCUCGGGAGACUGGCAACAGGUUAUGGAAUGGGAGUCUUUUCUUAUGUGGUACCUGUUUUUAUUGCUGAAAUUGCACCCAAGAGUCUUAGAGGAGCACUAACAACUACAAAUCAGCUUAUGAUCUGCGGUGGAGUGUCUGUUGCAUUCAUUAUAGGAACCGUACUGACAUGGAGGGCCUUGGCAUUGACUGGGCUUGUUCCUUGUGCAAUUCUGGUUUUUGGCCUGUUUCUGAUUCCCGAAUCUCCCAGAUGGCUGGCAAAGAGAGGACGUGAAGAUGAGUUUCAAACAGCUCUACAAAAGCUUCGUGGCAAGGAAGCUGAUAUAUCUCAGGAGGCAACUGAAAUCAAGGAGUACAUAGAAACUCUUGAACGGCUCCCAAAAGCCAGAUUCCUAGAUUUGUUUCAAAGAAGAUACCUCCGCUCAGUCAUUAUAGGAGUAGGACUGAUGGUCUUUCAACAAUUUGGAGGAAUCAAUGGGGUCUGCUUUUAUGUCAGCAAUAUUUUUGAGUCAGCAGGAUUUUCUCCCAGUCUUGGAACCAUAAUCUAUGCCAUUCUUCAGGUUGUGGUUACCGCCCUCAACACAACCGUCAUAGAUAAAGCUGGAAGAAAGCCUCUAUUACUGGUUUCUGCAUCAGGACUGAUUCUUGGCUGUAUAAUAACUGCGACUGCAUUCUAUCUAAAGGUUAAUGAAUUGGCAAUCAAAUCAGUCCCGGCACUUACUUUAAUUGGCAUACUGCUUUAUAUCGGCUCAUUUUCAGCAGGAAUGGGUGCAGUUCCGUGGGUAAUAAUGUCUGAGAUAUUUCCAAUAAAUAUUAAGGGAGUAGCUGGAAGCUUAGCAACACUUGUGAACUGGUUUGGUGCAUGGGCGGUUUCCUACACUUACAACUACCUUAUGUCCUGGAGCUCCUAUGGUACCUUCAUUCUUUAUGCUGCAAUCAACGCGCUGGCUAUAGUGUUUGUGGUCACGGUGGUACCAGAAACGAAAGGGAGAACUCUGGAGCAAAUCCAAGCAGCUAUUAAUGCAUAGAGAAAUAGACAGGAAAUAAAGACCCUUACCCAGAUAUGAUCUACUCUGACGGACCAUUUACCCCUUUUGAGGGCAACCACAGGAAAUUUUGGAAAAUACUUCCUAGCAUGAAGCAUGAUGCUUUUCACAUAAACAACUCAGCAUCUUCUGUGAUUUUGUAUUCAAGACUGCUUCUUCUUUUUUCGUUUUUGCCCCCCUCUUUUCACUCAGUAAAUUAUGAACAGAACAUCAACCGUAAAUAUAU